AUGUCGGCGCUGGCGAGGAGCUCGACGGCUUCCGAGCCCGUGCGGCUGCUGCUCCUGACGACGCUGCUCGCCAGCUGCGCCGCCGGCGCCUCGGUCUGCGACACGGCUAACUGCGGCAAGGGCACCUGCACGGAGCUGCCGAAGCUGAUCCCCGGCGUGCCAACCUACGAGUGCCACUGCGACCCCGGCUGGUCCCAGGCCUGGAAGGACAUCCCCUUCUCGCCCUGCGUCAUCCCCAACUGUUCCUUCGACGGCGCCUGCUUCAACAUCAGCCUGACGCCGCCGCCGCCCAAACCCGGCUUACCCACGGACGUCUGCGCGGCCGUGAGCUGUGGGCCCGGGGGAGCGUGCAAGGCCGGCGACGCACCGUUCAGCUACAGCUGCGAGUGCCAGCCAGGCUACGCCAACCUCCUCGACCUCGCCGCGCUACCCUGCGUCAACAACUGUUUCUUCGGCAAGGGCUGCUCCGCCCUGGGACUCGCCCCGGCGCCGGCACCGUCCUCGCCGUCCUCGCCGACGCCGCCCUCGCCGGCGGCGCCGACAGGGAGCCACGACUCGUCGGGGCCGUCUGCUCCUCCCUCCGGCACGGAAGGACCUGUUUCGUCUCGGCGUCUGCUGCAGCUGCUGGUGCUGGUCACGCUCGCCAUGGACCUGUAG